AUGUCCAUGUCCUGCCACUGUCCAGCGCCGCUCAAGUGCGGCAUGGGACAAGAGUCGAGGCUGGGCUGGGGUGAUGAGCUCGUUUAUGGCGGACGCCAAGCCUACCGGAUGCUCUCAUCAGGCGGCAGCUUCCUGCUCCACACUCGAAGGCUUCGCAGCGACAAUGUUGCGACUGUGGCCCAUGUAAUUCACAUUACGGGACGCAGGACGACGACACCGACAUUGCCAUUGGUGAGGGGCAGCCACGGCGUCGCUGUGGCCAGAGCCAGGACAGGGCUGACCAGCAUUGGCAUAGGCUUAGGGAUUUGUUGGCUGUUGCUGCUGCUGCUGCUGCUGCUGCUGCCACCCCAAAUCCAGGCUCAAGAUGCUGCUGCAACCGCAGCCAGGACGACGUCCCAGCAGGCUGGGCUAUCCCGUGGCGCUCCUAGUGGCAGCGAUGGCGCACACAACGCAACUCAUAGUAUUCCAGCCCACACCAGCAGCAUCCGCAGUGAUAAUUCCAGUGCAGCAACAGUCAGUGCCACAGGCGGUGCCACGGCCCGUGCCGGUGAGGCUGCUGAGCCGCUGCUGCCACAGAUUCCGCCGUAUAUACGCACAACCGCCAUGUUCUUCUGCAUAGCCAUCAUGCUGCUGGGCGUGGUGGGCAAUGUGAUGGUGCCCAUCGUGAUUGUCAAGACAAAGGAUAUGCGCAACUCCACAAACAUUUUCCUCACCAAUCUCAGCAUCGCCGACCUGCUGGUUCUGCUCGUCUGCACGCCCACCGUGCUCGUUGAGGUUAAUACGCGCCCAGAGACCUGGGUACUCGGCCACGAGAUGUGCAAGGCCGUGCCGUUCGUGGAGCUGACGGUGGCCCAUGCCAGCGUGCUGACCAUCUUGGCCAUCUCAUUCGAGCGCUAUUACGCAAUCUGUGAGCCACUAAAGGCCGGCUAUGUCUGCACCAAGGGGCGUGCCAUACUCAUCUGCGUCCUGGCCUGGGGCAUUGCUGCGCUUUUUACGAGCCCCAUACUGUGGGUGGCCGAGUACAAGUUGGCCGAGUACAUUGAUGGAUCAUCGGUGGCCGUUUGCCUCACGCAGGCCAUCACCGAUUGGACCAUUGCCUUCUUUCUGAUGACCAUCACCGUGUUCUUCGUCAUGCCAUUCCUGACCCUGGUCGUGCUGUACGGCAUCAUAGCCAAGAACCUCGUCUCCAAUCGGAGCACCAUGCUGCGCGCCCGCCCCACCAAGCCGGAGCUGAGCCUAAGGGCCCGCAAGCAGGUGGUCCUAAUGCUCGGCGCCGUCGUUCUCUCCUUCUUCGUCUGCCUGCUGCCCUUCCGCGUGCUCACCCUCUGGAUCAUCCUGAGCACGGACCAAGCGCUCCACGAGCUCGGCCUGGCGCGCUACUACAGCCUGCUGUACUUCUGCCGCGUGAUGCUCUACCUCAACUCGGCCAUGAAUCCCAUACUCUACAACCUCAUGUCCACCAAGUUCCGCAGGGGCUUUGCGCGGCUCUGCCACGAUGCGGGGCGAUUCCUGCUGAAGUUGCUCACGCUGGGACGGAGCAGCGACGGUGUUGGCGGCACUCGGGGACGCAGUGGCACCAUCUCCACGGGCCUGGGUACCAACACGAACACGAACUCCUCCAAUGCCACGGCGGCCACUGGCUCCAGCAUUCUGUCGCGCAGCUCCAAUCGCCGCUGCAGCGAGGACAUCAGCCGGACACGCCUCAAGAUUGAGCUGCAGUUGCCGUGCGGCAGUGAUCUGGAGGCCAUGGCCAUGCUCCACCAUUCCGGCAUGGGCAAACGGAUGGCCCGGCGGGAGAGUGAUAGCCGGCUAAUGGGCUUGAAGAAUUCAAAUCACAAUCCGCGGCGCCACAAGCCCCAAAUCAGUUUCGACGAGCAAGCACUGGCCCGGCCAAAGGAAGCUGAAAAUCUAGCCUGAGCAGACCGAAGCACGGGGGGGAAGGGCGUGAAAAAUCGCUUGUAACCCGUCUGCACAUUCGCUUCACUUGUCAGGAAUGUGUCGAAGGCGGUUUGGCGCUGAUCCUGGUGCUGGUACCCGCCACGCCUGCACAAAUUGUGUUUUGAACGCUUUUUGCCAACCAUAAUCGAUUCCAUUCAACCGUUGACAGCUAGUCCUGCCAGUCCUGGCAGUCCUGCCAGUCUGCUUGCCUGCUCCUUGGACAUUUCCGCACAAAAAACAAUCAAUUUUUCGGGCUAUUAAACUCGAAUGAAUGUGCCAAAGAUAAAUAACAGCAACGACAGCAACACCACUACAACUAUUGAGCGGAUAAAGGGCACAACUCAACGGGGC